AUGUGGAUAAUUCUGUUGAGUUUUUUGGUCGUUUUGUGUGUGAUUCAGUAUAUAAAUUUUCAAAAGAAAUAUGCAUUUGCAAAAGACAUUCCGUGUGCGGAAACGAACUAUCCACUGAUCGGUUGUGGACAUCUGUUUAUUGGUAAAAGCAAUGUUAAGCGAUUUGGGAAUAUGACAAAACUUUUCAACCGGAAAGGAAAAUUGUUUAAAUUUUGGUUGGGUCCUAAAAUGGUCCUUGGAACAAGUGAUCCGAAUGUUUUACAGCAAAUCCUUACAGAAACGGUCUGGUUAGAUAAACCAUUUCCUUAUAAAUUUUUCGAAGUAAAUUACGGGUUGUUUGGAGCAAAAUAUCAUGUUUGGAAGGGUCAGCGGAAGGCGUUGAAUUCCACGUUCAAUUUGAAAGUACUUCAAAGCUUCAUACCGAUAUUCAUCAACUGCUCUAAAAAAUUGGUGGAAAGACUGGAUGCGUUUUCGGAAGGAGCAACCAUUAGUUUAUCAGAGCAUGUGAAACGAUUUGCGCUAGAGAUGGUAAUUAGGACGACAAUGGGGCUCGAUAUUAGCGUACUCGAAGACAAUGACUCAUAUGUUUCAAAAGUUGAACGAUAUUUCUUUUUAUCUUCGCGGAGGAUUCUGAGUGUUCACCACUACCUGGAUGCUGUUUAUCACUGUUCCGGUUUAUACCGAGAGUACCUUGCUCUACGAAACUAUAUGGAUCGCCUGAUUUUGAGAAUAGUCGAUGGCAUCGCCACUCGUCUUAAAAACGUAGAACAGAAACCUGUUGACGAGGAUGGGGAGUUCAAGAAGCCACAAAUAUUUGUGGAUGAAAUGUUUACCAAUAAGAUAAAAAAAUUUACUGACAGGGAAAUAAUCGAGAACGUGUACACCAUGAUCGGAGCGGGUACGGACACAUCCGCAACCGCCAUUUCAUACGCUUGUCUGUUGCUGGCCUUCUAUCCGGACGUGCAGCAGAAGCUCUACGACGAGGUCAUGCAGGUCUAUCCGUCUAGUGAGCCCGAGUUUACGCUAGACUCGUUGAAAAAGCUUGAGUACAUGGAAAUGGUUCUUAAAGAGGCACUUAGAUUAUAUCCCGUAGCCCCGCUCAUUGGUCGUCAAAAUGUUAAUGAUACUCUGGUCGGUGAUUUAAAAGUUCCUGCCAACACUAUGGUGAUGAUCCACAUAUAUAGCUUGCAUCGACGUGAGGAUGUUUGGGGAGCGGAUGCGGCAAAGUUUGAUCCGGAACGAUUCUCCGCUGCAAGAUCUAAAGAUAGACAUCCGUUCGCGUUUCUGGCAUUUAGCGGCGGUUCUAGGAAUUGCUUGGGCUUACGGUAUGCUUACAUAAGCAUGAAGAUCAUGAUGGUGACGAUGGUAAAGAAAUUUCGAUUCCAGACAAAGUUACGGGAGGAAGAAUUACGAUUCAAAUUCGAUGCGAUUUUGCGACUCGAAAGCGAGCAUUUGGUGCAACUUGAAAGACCUUUCAACGCAACUCAACUAGUAUAUAGUAGUAUGUAUGCGAAAAAGAAGAUGUGGCUAAUUCUGCUGAGUUUUUUGGUUGUGUUGUGUGUGGUUCAAUAUAUAAGUUUUCGGAAAAAAUAUGCAUUUGCAAAAGACAUUCCGAGUGCGGAAACGAACUAUCCACUGGUCGGUUGUGGACAUCUGUUUAUUGGUAAAAGUACUGUCAAGCGAUUUUGGAACAUGUUCAAACUAUGUAACCGGAGCAAUAAAUUGUUUAAAUUCUGGUUGGGUCCAAAAAUGUUCCUUGGAACAACACACCCGGAUAUUGCACAGCAAAUUCUUACCGAAACGGUCUGGUUGGAUAAACCAUUUCUCUAUAAUUUUUUCGAAGUAAAUUACGGAUUGUUUGGAGCAAAAUAUCAUAUUUGGAAGGGCCAACGAAAGGCACUGAAUUCCACGUUCAAUAUGAAAAUACUUCAAAGUUUCAUACCAAUAUUUACUGACUGUUCCAAGAAAUUAGUGGAAAGGCUGGAUACAUUUCCGGAAGGAGCUACUGUUAACAUAUUGGAGCAUGUGGAAAGAUUUGCUAUGGAGAUGGUUUUUGGAACAACACUUGGAUUCGAUAUCAGCGUACUUGAAGAGGCAGAGUCACUUGUUUCCAAAAUUGAACGAUAUUUCUUUCUAACUUCGCGGAGGCUUCUGAGUGUUCACCACUACCUGGAUGUUGUUUAUCACUGUUCCGGAAUAUACCGAGAGUAUCUUGCUCUACGAAACUAUCUUGAUCGUCUGAUUUUGAGAAUAGUCGAUGGCAUCGCCACUCGUCUUAAAAACGUAGAACAGAAACCUGUUGACAAGGACGAGGAGUUCAAGAAGCCACAAAUAUUUGUGGAUGAAAUGUUUACCAACAAGAUGAGAAAAUUUACUGACAGGGAAAUAAUCGAGAACGUGUACACCAUAAUCGGAGCGGGCACGGACACAUCCGCAACCGCCAUUUCAUACGCUUGUCUGUUGCUGGCCUUCUAUCCGGAUGUGCAGCAGAAGCUCUACGACGAGGUCAUGCAGGUCUAUCCGUUUAGUGAGUCCGAGUUUACGCUAGACUCGUUGAAAAAGCUUGAGUACAUGGAAAUGGUUCUUAAAGAGGCUCUUAGAUUAUAUCCAGUAGCUCCGUUCAUUGUUCGUCAAAAUGUUAAUGAUACUCUGGUCGGUGAUUUAAAAGUUCCUGCCAACAGCAUGCUGAUGAUCCACAUAUAUAGCUUGCAUCGACGUGAGGAUGUUUGGGGAGCGGAUGCGGCAAAGUUUGAUCCGGAACGAUUCUCCGCGGCAAGAUCUAAAGAUAGACAUCCGUUUGCGUUUCUGGCAUUUAGCGGCGGUUCUAGGAAUUGCUUGGGUUUACGAUAUGCUUACAUAAGCAUGAAGAUCAUGAUGGUGACGAUGGUAAAGAAAUUUCGAUUCAAGACAAAGUUACGGGAGGAAGAAUUACGAUUCAAAUUCGAUGCGAUUUUGCGACUCGAAAGCGAACAUUUGGUGCAACUUGAAAGACGUUAGCUCUGUAGUUUUUUUUAUAAAUUGUGUUGUUGAGUUAUUUAUGUAAACGAAGUUUACAUGCGCUUCUCUGAAGAACUUAUCAGGUGUUUGAAUAAAUUCGAAGUGUUUUUUUGUAAA